UGACAUGAGCCUUCAGAUGAAGCGAGGAGUAAACAACAUAUAGCGGUUAAAGCUGGAGGCACAUUUUACCUUGACUGUCAAAACAGCGGCUACAGCUUUUCUAAACAGUAAUGUACAGCAGUCUGUGAAGGCUAAGCUGCUAGGCUAACAGUCCACGAUGGGACGUGUAAUCAGGGGACAGAGAAAAGGUGCGGGCUCCGUGUUCAAAGCGCACGUAAAGCACAGAAAAGGUGCUGCUAAACUCCGGCACGUUGAUUUCGCUGAACGCCAUGGUUACAUCAAGGGGAUUGUGAAGGAUAUUAUCCAUGACCCCGGCCGUGGUGCUCCCCUGGCCAAAGUGGCCUUCCGUGACCCAUACCGCUUCAAGAAGAGGACGGAGCUCUUCAUUGCUGCUGAGGGCAUCCACACUGGACAGUUCAUCUACUGUGGCAAGAAGGCUCAGCUGAACAUCGGCAAUGUCCUCCCUGUUGGCACCAUGCCUGAGGGAACCAUCAUCUGCUGCCUGGAGGAGAAGCCCGGUGACAGAGGCAAGCUGGCCCGUGCUUCAGGAAACUACGCCACAGUGAUCUCCCACAACCCCGAGACCAAGAAGUCCAGAGUCAAGCUGCCCUCAGGCUCCAAGAAGGUCAUCUCCUCUGCUAACAGAGCUGUCGUUGGUGUUGUUGCUGGCGGUGGUCGUAUUGACAAGCCCAUCCUGAAGGCAGGUCGUGCUUACCACAAGUACAAGGCCAAGAGGAACUGCUGGCCACGUGUCCGUGGUGUGGCUAUGAAUCCUGUUGAGCAUCCCUUCGGUGGUGGUAACCAUCAGCAUAUUGGCAAACCCUCAACAAUCAGGAGGGACGCACCAGCUGGUCGCAAGGUCGGUCUUAUUGCUGCCCGUCGUACAGGCAGACUGCGUGGAACAAAGACCGUCCAGGAGAAGGAGAACUAAACCUGAAUUUGUUGAUAAUAAAACGUGUUCUAAAAGAA